AUGAGUCUAAUGGAUCAACUUUUUCCAGCAAAUCAUAAAACCACAUUUGUGGUGGACCACACUCCAUAUUUCGGAUUGGCUAGUAACUCGCAUAUCAAAAUGGACUUCACCAAACGGCCAUCUGGUGGAAUUCCACCCCCACCAAUAUUCAAAUCAAUGUGGACGUGUAGUAUUGAAGCUGUACUCGAAUACUGCCGUAUUGUCUGGGAUCUGUUUCCAGAAGGGAAACUUAUACGUGUUAUUAGUAGCGACAUGCAAUCUCGCAACUUGAAUAAUUGGUCAUCUAGUCAACAAAACGUUAACUAUAUGCUGCAUCAUUUGUCAUCUUUAGGGCCACCUGCAAAGCUUGUACCAAACCCAAAUCGAGACUACAGUGUUGUGUAUGGAUUUCGUACUGCAGCCGAGGCAAUGAUUGAAUGUACAACAGCACAAAUGGAUCAAGGGGCUAAGAAAAAUAAUAUUGAAGUGCAAAACAAAUGCAGAACAGUAAUUAUCACAUCAGCCAGGGACAACCCAUCAAUAGAUAAUCUCAUGUCCAUGUUUCAUAACGAAAUGAUCAAAAGCAACAAAUAUGUAUCUCAACCUAGUUCAAUGCCUAUUCAUCAUUGUCACUUAGUUAUAAUUAACACAUAUCCAGAUUCUAUAACAUGUGAGGUUACUGAUCGUCCACCUCAUUCCAUAUCACCAAUACUAGAUUUGGAAGUGCAUUCAAUUCCUGCAUCCAAAAUUGGUAUUAAGAUAUCAAACCUUUUAUUAAAACACUACAAUCUAGCUAGUACAACAGUUACUGGUAUUCCCAUGAAGGAAGAACAAAAUGCAAGUUCAUCAGCAAACUAUGAUGUAGAAAUAUACCAUGCAGCUACUGCACAUACAACUAUUUUAAAUGCAAAUGUAGCCGAUGCCAAAGCAGUGGUUGCAAAAAAGGAAGGAGCUGACUAUGAGACAAUUAAAUUAAAAUGGUGUACGCCUAGGGCAAACAACAAUUUGCCAGAUAUUCACAGUUGUACAACUCUACAUAGAAUCACUCCAGUUGAUAUAAACAGCAGACCGAGCGCAUGUUUGAUAACUUUUUUACUGAAUGGUCGAUCAGUUUUACUUGAGAUGAUAAAACAAGGUGGUGGUAAAAGCAUGUCACAUGUUUUAAAAUCUUACAAUGGUGAAAUAUAUAUACAUACAGUGUCUUCUGGUCGCACAGUACUUGAAGAUCCACCAGCCAUUAGUGAAGGCCCUGGAGGAAAAGUAACUCAAUACAGAGUAGCCGAUUUUGGUAAUUUUAUGAGGUUAAAUUUACUACAACCAUCAAAAAGAAAACAGGCAGAAGACAGAAACUAUAUAGAUGAGGCAAAAGAAAAAUUGAAAAAACAAACUGCAUAUUGGCCACUAAUAACAUCCUCAACUAUAAUAUAUAAUUUAAAGCAAUACACUGAACCAAUGUUGUCAUUAAUAGUUAAAGAUAAUAUUAGUGAUCAUGAAGUAAUGAAUUGCAAACAAUGUAUUUAUGCUUUAAUGACUGCUGAAUCAAAAAAUGAACACCUCAUUACACCCAGUCUAUCAAAUCCACGAAAAAUAAUGAAAAAAGAUGAUCAAUAUAAGUCUAUGUGGGCGGAGUUGGAAACAUUUUUAAAAUCAAACUUAUACACUGAGAAUCACUGUAAAGUUUUGCAAUGUUUAUUUGAAUGCCGUGGUAAACUUGAUGAAGAAAAAAUUAUUGAGAAAACAUUAAUGCGUUUCAAAAAAUCUUUGGCUGACAGACCGAGUGUAAUACGAGCCACUACUGAUUCGCCUAUGUCCCCGCCAUUAACUCAACAGACAGGAAUAAAACAUAAUAUAGCACAUAAAGCUGUUGAUGUUGAUCCAAAUAGUGUUAUGUAUUUGCAAAUAGUUCAGGAUCAGGACAAUCGUAAAGUUAACCCUUCACGUCCCCAGUUUGCUGGUCGAUUAAAAUCUAUUCAAAAGAGGAAUGGUAAUUUAUUUGCAAAACUUUAUCAACAUAUAGAUGACGACACAGAUACCAAGAGUGUAAAAUAAAACUGAAAAUAUUUAUCAACUGUUUGAUUUUGGUCUCUAAUAAUAUGGUUUUGUAUUUUAUCUGUAUUGCAAUACGCCAUAUUGUCUGACUUGAAUGGAAUAAUUAUUUGAAUAUCUAUCAAAAAUUAUAAUUAAACAUUUUGUGCUGUAAAAUAUAUAUAUUUUUUUAUAUAUAGCUAAUUGAUAAUAGUUAUAAUAUCACAUUGAAUUGCUUCAAAACAUUAUUGAAACUUAAUUAAAUCAAAUUAAUAAGCCACAUUAAACAUAAAAAUUUGUUUGUUUUCAAUCUUUAUUUCUGAACCACAUUCUAACUUUAAACUAAUUAAAUGGCAAUAUGUUUAGAAAAAUGGGUUUAUUAGCAAACAAUGCAAUCAAUUCUUCUACUUUGAUAACUGCUCUCUUGUACCAAGACAUAAAAAAUGUAUAAAAACACUCAUCACCAAUAUGUGGCAAAUGUCUUCAGAUGCAGUACUAAUAACUAUUAAGCUUAAAGAAAUAAAAAAUUAAAUAAAAAGAUUGCAUACCAAUGCUAAUAUAUCUUGACACACAAGAACCACAAGAACCAAACUGGAGACAUCUACCUCACUCAUAUACAUUAUAUAAUAUGUAAUAUAACAUGAAGAACAACCCUACUGCGGUCUAGAAUCCCUUAUAGAAAAAUAGUCCUUAAUUGUCCACUUUUUAUAUCUGCAAGAACCAUUCACAAACAUCUUUCAACUAUGGAAGAAGCACUCAAGAAACGUAACACCUCAAUACACAACUUUUUUUUAAAUCAGCAUUAUUAUUACCAUAAUUUAUAUUAACAUUACAUUUAAAAAAAAAAAAGUGUAAUCACUGUAAUCACUGUAAUUAAACUAAGUAUAUUAAUUAAUGUCAAUACCUUUUGUGCUUAAAAAAUAAAUAAAACUAAUGGAUGUUUGAAAAAAUAAUA